AUGAAAGUCGCGAUGCGUCGCGCGGUGCGCGAGCGGAGACGGGGACGAUCGUCUCUUCGAUCGCCCGGGGUGUCCGUCGCGCUGUGGGGGGACGAUCAUCUCAGCGCGCCGAGGAUAUCGAAGAGCGGCGGCGACGGACGCGCUUCGAGCAGCCGCGGGAGCGACGGCGACGCUCCCGCGGGAAGACGGAGAGCGCGCCGGACGGGGCCGACGACGCGAGAGAAGAUGUUCGCGACGCUGAACGAUCCGGACUACAGCUCGCUGGCGAAGUACAUCUCGUUGACUAUUCUCGCGCUGAUCGUGACGUCCACGACGACGUUCAUAAUGGACACGAUUCGAGAGUUUGAAAACAACGCCGCGAUCGCGGGCGUGGAGUACUUUUGCAUCGCCGCGUUUACCCUCGAGUACGUCGGCAAGCUCGCGACCGUCCCCAGGGAGCACAGAGCGGAGUGGCUGAAUGGAAAGAUGAACAUGAUCGACCUCGCGGCGAUCUUGCCGUUCUACAUCGAGCUCAUCGUCGUCGCAGCGACGUCGAGCGAGGAGUCCGGCGCGCCGAGCGGGUUGCUUAGAUUGUUCCGCCUGUUUCGCGUGUUUCGAGUCUUGAAACUCGGAGCGAAGAUGCGAAAGCUCGAAGUCGUCGCCGCCGCGGUCGCGGAUUCGAUCGACCUCCUCUUGAUGCUCAUCUUCAUCCUCGUCUUGACCUUGGUGCUCUUUUCCACGCUCUUGUACUUUUGCGAGGACGGCGCAUGGGAAGCGUCGGACGCGUUAGACGCGUACGCGGGCGAUCCAUUCGCGUCUAUCCCGCGUUGUUUCUGGUGGUGCACGGUCACGCUCAUGACCGUGGGAUACGGCGACGCGUAUCCGAUCACCGGGUGGGGCAAAGUCGUCGCAGCCGCGACGAUGGUCGUCUCCGUCGUCAUCACCGCGUUGCCGAUAUCUGUUGUCGGCGCGAAUUUCACGCAGCAGUGGCUGCUGUACCGCGAGCGCGAGGCAACGAAGACGCGCGCGAGUGCCAUGAUGUCGAACUUCCAAAAGCUCUCCGACGCGAUUCGCGUGCACGAUUACGUCUUGGACGAGGUCCUCGCCGCCGUGGAGGAGAUGGAGAUUCUCAUCGAGCAAGACCUCGCGUCUAUGAAACGGUUAUUCAACACGGCCACGACCACGGACGUCACGAGCGGAAACGCUCGCGCGCGUCGCGUCGCGAAGAACGCGCGUCGGGCGACGUUGGUCGCGUUCGACGCGAAGUUUGCGCGAACGCAAGACGCGCGCGAAGAGCUCGACCAGCUGUUGUCAUUCGCGGACCUUCUCGGCACGCCCGGCUUUCUCUCACAGCUCGACCUGGUGACCUCGAAAAACGAUCGGUUAUCCUGCGUGAUGGACGCGGUGGAGGACAUAUUCACCGAGGUAGACGCGCUCAUCGUGCGCGUGAACGAGGUCAACGAGAGCGGGACACGGGUACUCGACGGCGCAGCUUCCGCGCGGCGGUUGGAGGAUGGAGUGUCGCCGACGCCGGGAGGGAACCCGGGGGGGAGCGCGUCGGAGCGGACUUCAACUUCGCUCGCCGACGACGGCGCCGGCGCCGCGCGCGACUUGGAAGAAGCGCUGGACGCGAGCGGCGGGAGCUUGGGCGCGUCGACGACGGAGGGACGCGGCGACGGCGAAGCGUCCGCGAAGAGAUAGCGACGGAAGACGACGACGAC